GGUUAGACCAGAGGCCACAAUGUCUGCUACAUCUUCCCUCUGUCAUUUGAAACAGUUUUAAAGAUGUGAGGUCAUGUUCUAGGCUCAGAGAGGGAGUGGUAAGUGUGUGGCAGUCAGGUGUUGGGAUAACACCAAAUGAUCUGAUGGAAAGUGUCUUCAGAAAUAAGAUGGGGGUCUUGUUUGUAGUUUGAAGUGAUCGAUGUAGGGAUAUUCUUCUAAAAGACAACAAGGCGAAUAAUAUUUAUAUUGCAGGAAUGGAUGCUCAAUAAUCUCCUGUGAUGAACUUCUUCUGAGAGUGAAAGGCAUCAUGGUCAAUUCAAGCCAGUUUCCAUAUUUCCUACUGACUGAAUACCUGGACAUGGGCUAUCUGAAGUACUUAUAUUUUGUGAUUCUUUUGAUGCUGUACAUUGUGAUUGUGGUUGCAAAUGCUUUUCUCAUUGUAACUAUUUGUAUGAAAAGAAGCCUACAUGAGCCUAUGUAUGUGUUUCUGUGUAGCCUGUUGGUUAAUGAACUGUAUGGUAGUGCUGGUCUAUUUCCAUUCCUCCUGCUGCAGAUCACCUCAGACACUCACACCAUAUCUAGAUCCAUAUGUUUCCUUCAGAUCUACUGCUUGUACACCUAUGCCACUGUGGAGUUUAGUAACCUGGCUGUGAUGUCCUAUGAUAGGUACCUUGCUAUCUGCUGUCCUCUGCAUUAUAAGGCUCGGCUGACCUCUAACAAGGUGGCUCUGCUCAUCGUUCUCGUAUGGCUGUACUCUCUUAUCAAGUUCCUAGUUUCUACUUUUCUGACUUUCCGUUUAAAACUCUGUGGGAACGUCAUAGACCGACUAUACUGUCAGAUCUACUAUGUGACCAAACUCGCGUGUUCUGACACCACAGUAAACAAUGUCUGGGGUCUUUUUGCAUCAUUUGUGACCAUUGGGGUUCCAUUGAUCCCCAUCCUGUUCUCCUACACCAAGAUCCUCAGGGUUUGCGUCGUUGGUUCUAAAGAGACCAGACAGAAAGCAGUCAGUACCUGCACCCCCCACAUCGCCUCCCUACUGAUCUUCACCUUUGGGUGUGGAUUUGAAAUAUUUCAGAGUAGAUAUAAUAUGACCAGUGUUCCAAGGAUAUUGCGUAUUGUUUUAUCGCUUUACUUUGUAACAAUCCAAGGACUCUUUAACCCUAUAAUUUAUGGACUCAGGUUAUCUAAAAUAAGACAGAUUUGUAGAAAUCUGUUUUUCCGAAAGAAGAUAUAG